AUGGUUCAGUCCUUCACAUUUCAUGAUCGAAUGGAAACUAUUUUGGAAAUAAAACCUCAAAAUGUUUGUGUGUACUGUGCUCAAAAUUUGAUUGGACAGCCUGAGCAGGUAGCGCGGGCAGUAGGACCUGGCGGAGCACAGGUCUCUGCCCGCUUCCCUGAAGGUGACCGAUUCAACAUGGCGGCCGUGGUGGGUCGCCGGGUCUGGUCCUCGGCGGUUCUGCGUGUGGGCACAAGGCUGCUCACCGGCAGCCCGGGUGCGGGUGCGAGGCUGGUCAGCAGCACCCCGGCCGCCGUCGUGCAGACAGCGGAGCGAGUAACACACACCGGACAGGUUUAUGAUGAGGAUGAUUAUAGAAGAAUCAGGUUUGUUGGUCGACAUAAAGAAGUAAAUGAAAAUUUUGCUAUUGACUUAGUUGCCGAGGAACCAAUAACUGAAGUAACAGACAGAGUGGUUUCGUGCGAUGGCGGGGGUGGAGCUCGGGGGCAUCCUAAGGUGUACAUAAACUUGGAUAAAGAAACAAAAGUUGGAACAUGUGGUUAUUGUGGACUUCGUUUUAAACAAAAGCAUCACCAUUGAAAUUAAGUCAUUUAGAACAGAUUCACUUGCUGCACUGUUUGAAUGCAAAGAAAGCUUUGAAAAUGAGUUAAUUAAACUUUGUAUUUGCUUGUUGCUGAGUUUAAAAUGAAGUUAGAAUAAAGA